AUGGCGGAAUCAAAGGGGACAGGCAAAGCGCAAGUUAUGCCUCCAACGCCACUCGUCGAUACAGGACUUCCCUCCGAUGAAAGACGCGCUCAAGAGCUCGACCAGUACUAUACGCCAAGUAAAAAAUCGGCAUUGCGUUUGACAGAUCGAGAUUCCGCACUGCCGGCUCACAUGCAGCUCAUAUGCUGGCGUCUUGGUAUGCGAAGGGCACUGGUCAGUCUCAUCGACCGAGAUACGCAAUACUAUGUUGCCGAAUCGACAAGAACAAUGGAUCUUCACAACCCAGAUUACUACGAGGAUGAAAACGAUGGGCCUCUAUCUCUCAACGCAAGCCAUCCCAAGACAGGAAUUCUAUGUGCUGAAACAAUCAGAGCUAUCAUCGGCUCCGAAAAGCAGCCCGCCUACUUCGAAAUCUGCAACCUCGCCGCAGAUGAUCGAUUUGCUCAGCUCAACAUCGUUGAGGAUUUGCAUCUUGUCUACUAUUGUGGCGUGCCGAUACGUACAAGCAACAAUAUUGUGAUCGGCACUGUUUUUAUCUUGGAUGAUAAGGUUCGGGAGCCUCUCAGUCUACAGCAUGUCACUUUCCUCACAUCCAUAGCCGACAACGUCAUGAUUCACCUCGAGAACCGCAAGCAACAGAUGGACGUUGUCAGGAUCAUGAAGAUGAACAAGUCUCUUGCGUCAUUCAUGGAUUCUCAUCAAGACCAUAGAUCACAGACACCGCCGGAAGAACCUGAGAUCGAAGAGCCCAAGCUUUCAACCCCAAGCGCGUCAGGCAGUCGACGAAGCAGCACCGGCAAGUCCUCGGAAGACGAGCUUCCACAUGGUAACAGCGGGAGAGAGUAUAGUCAAAUAUUCGACCGUGCUGUUACCUUGCUGCGGCAAUCUUUGUCAUUACAAGAGAAUGGUGGAGGUGUCAUCUUUCUGGACACUGCGCCAAAAUCUUCGGGAAGAGUUAGCGCAGCACGUCGUCCUUCUGGACGUGAAGGCGGACCCAAGCGAAGUUCCUCCAAGCUCGUCGUCGGUACUGCUCCGCCGUCACGUACGCCUUCAGAUGAAAGUGGUCACGGAGAAGACAACCGAAAAGUCUCUGCGGCUAUACUUGCCUGUGACAUUAGUGCAGGCGAUUCAGAACAAGCAUGCCAGAUGAGUGAGAAGACACCUGGUAACAUACCCGUCAAAUGUCUUCUGAAAUUCAUCAAGAGAGCGCCCGGAGGACAAGUCUACCACUAUCCGGAACUACGCGAUCGUUGUCAAACAAUGAUUUCGAUGAACACGCAACACCAAGGUAACAUGGAAGAGAUAGAUGUCAGAAGUCUCUUUUCGCACCUUCCUGGAGCCUACGAAAUCAUCUUCGUGCCUUUGUGGAAUACUCAACUUGGCCGAUGGAUUGUCUGCCUUGCUUAUACGUUGUCGACCGAACGAAAUUUCACCUUUGAGAUAGACUACUUCUUCUGCCGAGCGUUUUGCAAUUGUGUCAAGGCAGAGAUUGAUCGCUGCACAGUCGUACUCUCAGAUCACCAGAAGGGUGACUUCAUCGGCAGUGUCAGUCACGAACUGCGUUCUCCACUUCAUGGUAUUCUUGCGUCAUGCGAGCUCAUCCAAGAAACGGAAAUGACGCCCUUCCAGAAAUCACUCAUCGAUACAACGGAAAGCUGCGCUCAUACCCUGCUUGAUACCAUUCAGAUGGUCCUGGAUUACAGUAAAGUGAACGCUUUCACAAAAGACCAACCGGGAGAGAAGUUGAACAUCAGACCGCAUAUUGUGAAAGGGGGUGUUGAGCCACUUCUCAGCACAUACUCACAUGUCAAUCUUGCCUCGAUCGCAGAAGAAGUCAUUGAGGGUGUGACAACAGGCCAUCUUGCCAAGAGUGAUCCAAGCAUGGAAUUGGGAUUCUCAGGGGAAAGAGCAAGAUUCAAUGCCAAAACGUUUGAAGAGCUGUUAGCAAUGCCUCAAUCGCCUGUGGAAGUCAUUCUUGAUGUCAGCCCGCCACAAGACUGGACAUUCGUCACUCAACCUGGAGCAUAUCGGAGAAUUAUCAUGAAUGUGUUCGGAAAUUCAUUGAAAUACACGGAACACGGCUUCAUCAAAGUUUCUCUCAAUUGUGAAGAGAUUAGUAUGAAAGAGUCAGAGCCUGCAAUGGCCAUGGUCGAACUGAAAGUCGCAGAUUCGGGCAAGGGAAUUUCUCAAGCAUACAUGGACACCAAGAUGUUCACUUCUUUCGCUCAAGAAAAUCCACUCGCACCGGGUACUGGUCUUGGACUCUCUCUGGUGCGAUCACUGGUUCAAAUGAUGCACGGCGAGAUUGAAGUCCAGUCUGAGGUCAACCAUGGCACAACAGUCACGGUGAAGAUUCCGAUGAGGCGUGCUGGCUCUCAGGACCCAAAGGAUGGAUUUCACAGACCCAAUGAAGACAACAUUCAAGCCCUACGCACGGUUGAGCCUCGUCCUCGCAUUGCAAAUUUUCAACAAGACAUAUUGCCGGAAGACACACCACAAAAACGUGAGGGCUAUCAAAUGCAGAAACACGCAUUGGCUGCUUGUAUCAAUGGUUGGUACAAAGUUGACGAUCUUGAUGAUUGGGACUUGAAGACCAUUCCAGACAUCGUCCUCGUCGACGACGUACAUCUUUUGGCCAUCAGAAAGCACCUAGAGACCCUUGAGAAAUUCGACGCUGUCGUGGUGGUUCUCUGUUCAGAUCGCUCCAGGACAACGGCCAUUUCGAGAUUAGUCGAGUAUCCCAAGUUGCACGUCAUGGCUAAACCGUUCGGGCCAUUCAAGCUUGCGAAGGCACUCAAACAUGCGCUCGACAAACGCAUGCCUGAUGCCAAUCCAGAUGUUCCUUCUAUCAUCGAGGAGAUGGGUCCUUUACCGGAACUCAAGCAAUCAAGUCCAAUCUUGAGACCGGCAAACUCUUAUUCUCAGGACCUAUCAAAAAGAUUCCGCUCAAGAAAGACUUCCAUCAGCAGCAAUCCCGCAUCGUUUCCUUUCCCGUCGAUGGACCCUUCUUCUUCCCCAAGAGGUCCAUCUACCCCUGGUCCAGUGACACCCUCCAUUCCGACGACAACUCCGCAGGUAGAGGUAUCGGGUACCCACCAUAGACGUCUUCAGACUUUGGAUGUCCCAUCAGCCCAGCAGCAGCCUAUGGAGAAGCACGAUGAGCUUGUGCGUAGUCGGAGUGAAGGGCAUAUUGCCCACAGCCAACACAAGCCGAGCAAGCCGAGAAUCUUGCUUGUGGAUGACAACGAAGUCAACCUCAAGCUCUUGCAGACAUUCUUCAUUCGUCGCGACUACAAGGAUAUUAGAUUGGCCCGAGAUGGCAGCGACGCAGUACGGAUCUACGAAGAUGCUCUGCGCCAUAUGAGCCCCUUCCAUAUGGUGUUCAUGGACAUCAGCAUGCCGGUCAUGGACGGCUUUGAAGCCACAAAGAUCAUCCGACAGACAGAAGCUUCAAUAUCAGCACAGCGGGUUGAUCAACAAGCGGAACCUCAUCAGAGCUUGGUCAUCGCACUGACCGGCAACGCCAGUGGAGAAGAUCAAACGAAUGCGUUCACGAACGGUAUGGACAUGUACAUGACCAAGCCGGUGUCUUUGAAGGAUAUUGGUGAAUUGAUGAAGACUUGGGGAGAGAUAGCUGCAAUACACGGUCAAGAUCGUGCAAGAUCGAAACUUCUGGAGAGCAGUGCUGCUGCUGGUGAUGGAUGA